AUGGUUGAAAUGAAAGAACAAGAUGCUGAAGAAUUUAAAGUGUUGAGCAGUGUAUUGCACUCACAUCUUGCCUAUGAGGAAUGGGCGGUGAAAACAAUUUUGUCACCGAAAGAAAGAAAGUAUAGUUCGUUGGAGGACGGUGAGAAACAGCUAUUACAUUGGUUUCCCAGUUAUAUUGAACAAUUGAAGCAUUCAAUUGAAAUCAAUAAAAACUACUUUGAGAGUGUUGCAAUUAUAAUGGCGGAUUCGUGGGGGGCUGAGAAUCCUAAGACAUGGUUUCCUUGUUCAACCAGUGAUUUAGAAAAAAUGAAGGGAUUGAUGACUCAAUACGUACGAGAAUGGUCAAGUGAAGGAGCCGAUGAACGUGAAGUAUCCUUUGGGAGAAUACUAGAAACUGUGGAAAAAUUGUAUCCUGAUAUCUCUCAAAGACAAAAAAUCGAAGUUCUUGUACCUGGUGCUGGUUUAGCAAGAUUAGUGGUUGAGUUUGUUAAACGAGGAUUCACCACACAAGGAAACGAAAUUUCCUAUCAUAUGCUUAUAAAUUCUAACUACAUUCUAAACAAUACAUUUUGUGAGAAUAAUUUUAUGAUUUGUCCUUUCAUCCACAAAAGCUCUAAUGUGGAGAAACGAAAUUAUCAAUGCCGCCAAAUAUAUUUCCCUGAUUUUAAUCCUGGUGAUAUUUCACUGUUAAAUGUGGAAUACCCUGAUAUUCCAGUUGGUGAAUUGAUGUCGAUGGUUGCCGGUGGGUUUGUAGAUCUGUAUGGCCCUCCUGACCUCAAUAAAAUAUCUGAAAUCUAUUCAAACGAAGAGAUGGCAGUUCAGUUCAGGAACGAGAAUAAAGGAAAGUUCAAUGUCAUCGCAACAUGUUAUUUUCUUGAUACAGCGGCCAAUAUUAUAGACUAUUUGAAGGCAAUCAAAUAUUCACUAAACGACGAUGGCUAUUGGAUCAAUUUUGGCCCUUUGCUAUGGCACUUUGAAGGCAAUGAUUUAGAGAUUGAUGUUGACUCGUUAAAUGAUGAUGGUACCACUAAGAAAAAAAUUCCAAUGUCGGGUUUGGAAAUACCGAAGGACGACUUGAUACAAUUGAUUGAAGACCUUGGUUUUGACUUCAUAGAACAUCAAACAGGAAUCAAAGCGUCAUAUGGCGGAGACAUCCGUUCCCUAGGGCAUUGGCAUUAUAACUGUGAGUUUUGGGUUUGUCGUAAAACUAAAAAAUAA